AUUGUAAAAACCAUUUAAACAUAUAAUCAAUUGUUUACAUAAUUGUUACCAAAGAUGACGACUUCUGUGACCACCGAUUCGGGUAAUAACCAGUUAUUCAUCAAAUGGCUCACUGAAUGGCGAAAUUCAGCCAAAGAAAUGGGAUCUAAGAUGGAGUUUGUCUUCAAUAAAGCAUUGCGGUCACUGAGAGAACAUCCGAACCAAUUGUCUACCGGAGAGGAGUGCAGACAACUCAAAGGAUUUGGUGAUAAGCUAUGUAAAAGAAUUGACGAAAGAUUGUCUCAAAUGAAUGGCAUUACCAUUGAUUGUCAAACAUCCAGACGUCCCGGAAAUGGUAAUCAAAGAGAUCAACAAAUAACAGAUAUGUUACCGAAAAGGAAGAAGAGAUCGCUUAUGAAUACACCGAACAAAGGAUUGAGUCCUUUGCAAAAAGUGGCAAAAACUAAACGAAACAUUAAUUAUAUUCCGGCCGAAGGUUCGGGAGGUUAUGCUAUACUAAUGGCAUUAAUUAAGUGGGAAAUCGAGAAUAGUGUGGAUUGUUUGGGUAAAUCUGAUCUCCAGAAUGCAUCUCAAGAGUUCAGCUCAACGUCUAUGACAUCGGGAGCCAAUGGCAGUCAUUAUAAUGGCUGGCAUUCAAUCAAAACAUUAGUCAAUAAGAAGUUGAUUGAACGAAACACUCAAAGAUAUGCUACUUAUUAUUUAACUGAAUCGGGAAGAGAUUUGGCCACAAAAUUGUAUCAAAUAUAUAAUGAAAAGAAAAAUAAAUGCAUUCAAUCAAAUCAACAACCAUUGAAUGAUUUAUCUGAUAGAAGUACUGGUGAUUUGUCCAGUGAUACAGAAUCUAUAAUUCCCGAAACAUUGGUUUCAAAUGGGUUGGUCAGCACUUCCCAAACAAGUGUAACUACGGAGAGCACAAGCUCUUUGACUAAUCGUAUGUGCGAUCGGUUCUCAUUAUUACCCAAUACUUAUGAAAUAGUGUUGUGUAUCGACACUCGAGAACAGGCCAGUGGUGUGAACCGAGAUAUGAGAAAAACUGCAUUAAUGUCUGUUUUACAACAAAACGGUGUAAAAGUUGAGAUGAGAACACUAAGUGCCGGUGAUUUUGUUUGGAUUGCAAAACAAAAAGUCGAUACGAAUGGUAACAUUACGUCAAUUAAUACAAGAAACCGAAAGGAAUUGGUAUUAGAUUAUGUGAUCGAAAGGAAACGUAUAGACGAUUUGGCCGGAAGUAUAAAAGACAGACGUUGGGACGAACAAAAAUACAGACUAAGAAAUUGUGGUAUUCGUAAACCAUUCUAUAUUAUUGAAUACUUUGGAUCUCAUGGCAAGAAAGCAGAGUUUGGAGGCAUUAAAUGUGAUACUUUGGAUCAGGCCAUUGCCAAUGCACAAGUCGAUGGCUUCUCAAUCAAACGUUGCGAAUCGUUUGAAGAUACUAUCAGAUACUUGACAUUAAUGACCAGAUAUUUGGAAUCAAAGUAUAGAUAUAAAACAAUAUAUUCUUGUUUAAGGGAACAGAUCAUUAAUAAAGAGGUUCCUUACAAUCAUUUUAUGAGUUAUAAUGAAUUUGGUCGAAAUGCCAACAAAAUCACUAAUUUUACUGUAAAGGAGAUGUUUUUAAAACAUUUACUGCAAAUAAAAGGCAUUUCUGUAGCUAAAGCCAAGGCUAUUGUAGAGCACUACCCGACCCUUCAGAGUCUUUUGGAUGCCUUUUCUAUUGGAAUGACUGUUAAAGAUAAAGAAAAUUUGUUGUCAUCACUGAAAAGUGGUUUAAUGGACAGAAAUUUAGGACCAACUAUUAGCAGAAAAGUUUUUAAUCAUUAUUAUUGCUGCCAAUGA